UCUAUCUGUAUAGUCACAAUCUCUGUGUCUCCUCUCGCUCAAAACAAAAACAAGCCACCCACCCCACUGUAAUUGUACCAUUAUCCCUUUCUCAAAGUUUUCAAGUUUCAAACAUGGAGGAGGAGAUGCAGAGCAACUCCAAAUCCCCCUCAGGGAGAGGGCAAGAAUCAGAGGCAGAGUCUAAGGACAUUGUGAGCUUUGAUAAGUCUCUUCAGGAACUAAGAGACCUGCGCUCACAACUUCACUAUGCUGCUGACUACUGUGAAUCAACCUUCCUAAAGUCCAAAGAAAAGAAAGUUGUGAUGGAAAACACCAAAGAGUACAUAUGCAGAGCUGUGGUGACUGUUGUCGAUCAUCUUGGAUGCGUUUCUGCCAACCUCAACGGCCUCAUUUCUGAAACUAACACAUUUUCGGAGGCUGAGAUUCGAAUUGACUGCCUCAAACAAAGGAUGUUCCUAUGUGAACAAUACACCCACAAAUUUUCCCUGCCUAGAGUCCGAUGGAAGGACAUUAUCCCGCAGCAUAAAGCAAGGUUUUUAUCUGCAGCUACCAAAGAAGCUGAGAAACCCAAUGACGAUUUGAGGGCUAUUCCAGGAAAUCCAGCCUCUCGUAAAACCAUUGACAAGCAAGAACUUGGCAAAGAUGUAGCAAUGCCACUUUCCUUGUACACCUCGUCUCACAAACCGUCAUCGUCCAAGGGCGAAAACAAUUCAGUUUUAGUGCCAGUCCGUGAUGGCCUCUCAAUCCUGUCUAGAGGUCCAAACCCUACAUUUCAUUUCCAGGAAUCUCGGAAGAUUACUGGCCGCCUCAAGAAAUCUGGGCACAGUAAUGACAUCUUGGCACUCGUUAGACGAGCAAAAAGAAUGGUAUGAAAAAAGAGAAGAAGGCGUAUUUGUAUCACAUUGUAGAUCUCAUCUCUUCCUAGUAGAUUAUUCCAAGCUUAUCUUUCUUUCUUUCUUUCUCAAUGGCUAAGGAUGAUUGUUAUGGUUGUGUAAAUGAAAUUAAUCAAAGUUGAUCCCAAUUUUAUCCAUAACAAUGUUUCCGGUUUUAAAGCAACUGCGAUA